GCACGGUUUCAUUUUUCUUGUGAGGGCAGCGGCUGAGCAAACUUCUGGUCGUUUCUGGUGACUUUUUUUGAGCUGGCAAUCAGCACUCGUACAUUCCGCGUGUUGUAUAUAUGCAGAGGGGGCUGACCGAUGGAGAGCGAUAGACGCCCGAAGAAGAUGGAAGCCAGUGUUCAGACACCAGAUUCAUCUCUUCACCAGAGAGUUAGUGAACUCACGUACCACUGCAGUUGUCAACACCAUUUCCCUCGUAGCCAGUCAUACACUUGCAGGUGUAGCUGCCAUUUGUGUUAACACACUGUGCCAGGUCAUGACACAUUGUUGUGUUCAUCGAACACUCAUCAAUGUCUACAAGUGCGAAUAUGCAUGUACAAAUAAUAUGUAUAUAAAUGAUAGCUGCUUUACCGUACUUAGUAUAAUUAUAGGGAUGACACAGGUUGUCCUGCAUUAUGCCCAUACAUUUGAGAUUUUCAUGUUUCACUUUCUAUUUCAAUCAGAUCCAAUUUUUGACACAUUUGUAUCGUCACAAAGAGCAUGUAUCCAAAGAAAUACCUUAAAU